AUGAAUCGGGUCACCGAAUUGAAUGGCUAUGAUCUUAAAUUUGUGAUGCACAAGAUACUUUUCUCAUCGGAUGUGAAACCAAACAAUAACCGAUUAUCAAUUCCAAAAAAGAAAACCAAAUGUGAUUUUCUUACUGAAGAUGAGAUUGUGAAGUUGGAAGAAAAAAAAAAUAAUGAUAAAAUGAUUGGUUUGGAAGUGACUGUGUUGGACCCCUGUUUGAGAGAAUAUACUCUGCCAAUGAAGAAGUGGACUAUGAAAUCAGACACCUACAAUCUUGUCAAGGAGUGGAACAAGAUCGUGGCAACUAACAAGUUUAAAGAAGACCAAGAAUUACAAAUAUGGUCUUUUAGGGUUAAUACCAAAUUAGAACUAAUGGCACCAAGACCUCCUCCUCAACCACAACCCACCGAGCGUGAUGCAUCCGACAACACUAGGUUGUUGGAAUCGGUCAUAGAAGCGCUACAGCAGCAGAACGCUGCCUUGGUGCAGCAGAACGCGGUUGCUUUACAAAGUCUGGAAGCUGCACGCGCCAACUCUGAAACAACCCAACGUUAG